AUGCCUUCAGUAAUCUACGACACACCUACUGCCCUCCCACUCCGCAAGCCAGCCCCCUUCGUUAUCGGUCCAACCAACAAAGCUCCCUUCCGACCUGCCAACAAGAUCCCACAAGAUGUCAUCGAAACAGCUCAAGCUACAUCCAUUGAAGAGUUCGACGCCAAGAAGCACGUCAACUUCGAGUUUCCCAAGCGGACUUACACCAUGAAGGAAUGGGGAUACGAGAACCAGGGCGUCUCUCCCAUCGCUGCCUCCGACCCUUUCUCUCUUUUCACUGAAGCUGCCGUCAAGCAAGUCCGACGUGAACUACUCAGCGAAGAUGUUCUUAGAACGUGCCAGUAUGCUUCGACUUUUACGAAGAACCAGAUUCGAGGAUAUACUCAAAAGUUCAUCACUCCACACAAUAAUGAUAGUCCCGAAGUUCAGCAAGCUGUUUCAAAAGUCGCUGGUAUUGAUCUAGUUCAGGCAUUUGAGUAUGAGAUCGGUCAUUGCAACCUGCUCUUCAGCGAUGGCGAAGACGAGAAGAAGGGAGCUAGCGACAACGUUGGCUUUUCUUGGCACUAUGAUAGCUUUCCGUUUGUCUGUGUUAUAAUGCUUUCAGACUGCUCUGAUAUGAAGGGUGGUGAAACUGCAGUCCUCAAAGGUGAUGGCGAAGUUCUGAAAGUUCGCGGUCCAACCAUGGGCACUGCAGUGAUUCUUCAAGGUCGCUACGUCCAACACGCCGCACUCAAGGCCAUCGGCAAGGAACGCAUCUCCUUCAUCACAGCAUUCCGUCCCAAGUCUCCCUUUGUCAAGGACGAGAUGGUCCUCACGGGUUCUCGACCCAUAAGUAACCAGUCAGAACUUGUAUAUGACUACUGCACCUACCGAGCAGACGUUCUUGAGAUACGGUUUCGAGAACACGCCAAGAAGCUUCGCGAGCUGCAAGCUGCGGGUAUCAAGUUCAAUCCCGAUGCCGUGAGGGAGUUUCUCCAGGAGCAGAAGGAGAUGUUGGAGGCGACCCUUUUGGAGAUGGUUCCUAUUUAUGAUGUUGUUGAAGUUGAAGUUGCAAGUAAACACACUCACGCCAUGUCUGACAAGGCGCAGAGUCGUAUCAAUGCCAUUGGCAAGCAACUUCUUCCACCUAUCAACAAGGUAGCUCCGGGAUCAAGUACAAACUCACCGCUGGGUAUUGGUCGUGCUACAGCGCAUCAAUACGCUGAAAGCGGUGCCCGAGCAUUGUAUCUCUGCGACUUUGACGAUACGCACCUUGAGUCUCAUAAGAAGGAGAUCAACGCUGCGUUUCCCAAGGUGGAAAUUCACACGAGGCGUUUCGAUGCCGCAGAUGAGGACAAGGUCAAAGAGGUAGUCGAUGACGCGAUCCAACGCUACGGUCGCUUGGACGUCUUCUUUGCUAAUGCUGGAGUCGUCGGUCGAACCACGCUGUUCUCUGACUUCAGCAAAGAUGAGUUUAUGUCGAUACUCAACACCAACACGUCAAGUGUCUUUCUAGCUGCCAAGUACGCGGCACCAGCUAUGAUGCGAACUUCUGCCGAUAAGCCUCAAGCCAGCGGCAGUAUCAUCGGUACAGCGUCUGUCGCAGGAAUUCGCUCAAAUGCCGGAUCCACGCCAUACUCAGCCUCCAAAGCAGCCGUGGUAUCUCUCGCCCAGACGAUAUCAUACCAGCUCGCUGGAACAGGCGUACGUAUGAACGCUAUCUGCCCAGGUCUCAUUGAGACCGGCAUGACAGCGCCUGUGUACGAAGCCGCGAGGGCUCGUGGAAGUGAGAAGAAGAUUGGACAGCUGAACCCUAUGAAGAGAGGCGGUCAUGCUGAUGAGAUCGCUCGUGUUGCGCUCUUCUUGGGAAGUGAUGAGAGUAGUUAUGUUAAUGGACAGGCAUGGGCAGUAGAUGGAGGGCUGAGCGCUGGUCACCCCUUUGUUCCUGGAAAACUGGGCUGAUUGUCUGUCAGGGGGUGGUAUAGUUCAGCUCUGGUAUACCACCCACGACACUGGGCUUCAUGAGUAGACACUCGCAUUUCAGCUCAGCUCAUAUCACAGCGUUUCCGAAUACUCAUAUCAUUUACUAGCCUUCUCCUAUACUCAUUGCUUUCUGUAUCCAACUUUAAUCUUCC